AUGUGGUUAACUGAUAAAUGGUAUAACUUGAUCGUUUUUCAUUUACUUUUAAAUCCGUUUUGUUUCUGUCAAACUAAACUUGAUGUUCAUUAUUGUGGUUUUGAACAAAGUUGUAAGCAAAAUAAAUCCGAUGUUGAAUUGAAAACCAAUUCGUGUUGUUUGCCUUGUGAAUGCACGGAUAUUUGUGAAGAAAAGGACACGUGCUGUCAUGACAAAGUGGGGAGAGAUGAUACAAGGAAUGUUAUUCCUCAAGAAUGCAUACGUGCUUUAUAUUUACCAGAUGGUAUUUGGAAUGAUCAAAAUUAUGAUUAUGGUGUCCAGUCGUACCUUGUUAGAAGCCGAUGUCCUGUCUCGUUCAAAGACAAUCAUAUAAAAGAUAAAUGUGAAAAUCUUUAUCCUAAAUCCAUGCAAGAGCUUGUGUUUGUGUCGUCGAAGGAUGGAAAAAUCAUAUAUAAAAAUGAAUUUUGUGCAUUAUGUCAUCAAGAUAGCGGUGUGAUUAGCUGGACGAUAAACGCAUUUAAAAUCAAGAGGUGUCGGAUGCUGAUGUCAAAGGAACAUUUAAAUUUUGCAUCAGCUACAGAGUUCAUACUGGAUAAUUGUGCCGUGUCAUUCCAACAACCAAGUAAUGUAGACUUACAAAGUGUUAUUUGUUUUAAUGAAAAUAUGAUCAGCAAAUGCAAUGAAACGGGGAAGUGGGAUGUUUUUGAUAGCUAUUUAGAGCGUAUGUGCUUCAAUCCAGCAGAAUCAGCAUAUUAUGUCUCCACUGCAGUAUACAGGAACUUGUAUUGCUACCUAUGCAACGUUGAAACAAACACUCUAUCUGAAACAUGUAAUAGAACAAGCUAUUCCAGAGAUCCAUUUGAAUCUUCGUUUAGGUUAACCAAUCUUUUACAGUCUCCACCACAGCAUUCAUAUGUAGACAAUGCAUGUAAAACAGACGAAAUUUAUGAUGCCUUUUUAGGCCGUUGCAAAACAUUAUAUUGUCCGACUUAUUCUUUAUCCGUCAAUGGUCAAUGUAUACCAUUUAUAAAUGCAGGCCAAAGCUAUCGAUUGGUAUUAAAAUUGGUGCCAAAGGGAAUUGUGUUUAAGUCAGAAUCUCUAAAUAAGGCAUUGAGUUAUCAACUUCCAGUGAUUCUACACCAGCUUGGAUUUGGACACUGUGAACUAUGUCAUGGGAUUCUUUACGUAGAGGACAACAUCGAUACAGAUUAUUUAGAGGAAAUAGAUAUACAACUCGCUUUAGGUCAGACAGAGAAGUGUACAGUUGAUAGUAUUUGGUCAAAGGUCACUCUGAUUGAGAGAAAUAAAACCACUGUUAAAUUGAUUCUAGACGAAAGGAAGUUUCUCUUUAACGCUCUCUGGGACUAUAAUGAUUUGAUACCAAGGUCAAAAAUCAAGUAUACAUUUGGUAAAACAAGGCAUAUAAAUGAAUGUCGACCAGUGUACACAGGAUGUCCCAAGAUUCUACUGACAAUGAGAGAGUACAAAGAAGUCCUUGAUAAUCAUCCCAACGUCAAUGAUUUAUUGUUUAAACAACAUACGGAUGGCGGAAACGGGACGGUUUUUGUCUGCAUACAAAGCUAUAUUUCGGACCUUCGAUCGGCAGUAGUGCAGUCAACAGUUUCUUUACCUCAUAUAAUAACUGCAACAAUUUUACUUCACCAGUUUACAUAAAGAAAAGACCUGUCUUAUAACUAUGAACAAGAAUUGGCGCGAAAUUGACGAUUUAUGCCAUUUAAAGAUUGUUUCUUUUUAA